AGUGUGGCAUGUCAUCGAGCUCUGCAAGACAACUGACUACUAUGCUCUCUCGUGAGGGAAAAUCCCUGUGAAUGGACAGCUCCGAGGCUCUCCACUACAAGAAGUACUCGACUGCCAGUGACGUGUGGAGCUUUGGAAUUGUCCUCUAUGAGAUAUGGACAAUAGGCAUCAAGCCAUACAUCCAACUCACUAAUAGUGAGGUUUACCAGAAGAUCCAGUCAGGAUAUCGUCUCCCUCCCCCACCUGGAUGUCCUAGAGCAGUCUAUCAGACCAUGAUCAACUGCUGGAACCAUGAGCCAGAUUCCAGACCCACCUUUCCUGAGAUUCAAGUUGGGCUCAUGCGUCCAGACUUCAAGUUGCUGACAUGGACGGCAGAGGAUGUGGCUGCCUACACUGAAGAGGCCAGAACACUGGGAGCUCCCCUGGAGGCUGGAGGGAACUCUACACUGACAUUCAAAAGACAUACAUAGUUACUGACAUAGCACAGAACUGAUGCGGAUUGUGUCUACUUCAGCAUGAACAUUUUGUUCCCUUCGUAUUAAUAUUAUAGCAGUAUAUAGCAUAAUUAUUGCAGACAAUACCGUGUGACAUAUAUUACAUACA